AUUGUUUGCAGUUGUAGUUCUCGUAGUUUGUCUUGUUUAUAUUCCAAUUCCAUGCUUAUUACACUAAUAAUUAACUUUCUUGUGAGAGAACAUGUAGAAUGGUCCCAGCUUGAGCUAUUACUACAAGCAUUUUAAAAGUAUCUGGUUUUUAUCAUAAUGUCGUCUACUACUUGGAAAAGCGAAUAUUACAUAGCACUAGAAUGCAAAGAUUUGCAAGCCAAUGCUAUGGCAGUAGAUGCUACCGGGACUUAUGUUUUGCUAGCCGGGAGAAGGUAUUUGGCAAUCAAAAACUUAGAAGACCCAGAACUAGUUCAAAAAUUCCCCAGGCAAAGUAAAUAUGAUGUGGGAGCAGCCGAAUGGAACCCAACUGCAUAUCACAAAGAGCUUUGUGUCAUUUCUAGCAAUCAACGACUCGAGGUCCUCACUUGGAGACAAGACGAACUAAUACAAACUCAUUCUCUGAGAGCCCACACGAGGGUCAUCACUGACCUGAACUGGCACAAAUUUGACUCCAACAUCCUAGCAUCUUGUUCCGUGGAUACUUUCAUCCAUCUGUGGGACCUAAGGGACUCGAGACGCCCCAUUUUAUCCCUCUCUGCGAUCGCCGAAGCUUCUCAAGUAAAGUGGAACCGAAAAUCGCCCCAUUUACUAGCCACCGCUCACGAGGGCGAUAUAAAAAUCUGGGACCAAAGGAAAGGCACAGCCCCCGUGCAGUACAUAGCCGCCCACUUGGCCAAAAUACAUGGCUUAGACUGGAGUCCCACUUCUGAAAAUCACAUAUGCUCGUCCAGCCACGACAGCACAGUGAAGUUCUUCGAUAUGACCAAUCCCAGACGAGCAGAGUACGUUCUGACCACCAACGCUCCAGUGUGGCGCGCUAGACAUACGCCCUUUGGCAAUGGUUUAAUAACUGCAGUUGUGCCACAGCUGCGAAGAGGCGAGAACAGCUUGUUAUUAUGGAACACAGCCAACAGAGCUACGCCUAUGCAUACGUUCAUCGGACACAGGGAUGUGGUUCUGGAGUUCGAGUGGAGGAAACAAAAGUCAGGAGAUACUGAUUUCCAACUAGUCACUUGGUCCAAAGAUCAAACUUUGCUGGUUUGGAGGAUAGAGCCGUUCAUACAGAAACUUUGCGGUUACGAACCGGUAGAAAGCAAAGACAGCAGUGACAUAAUCGAGGCUACUGAGUCGCUGAAGCUCUACGGGAAAUCAUCCCCGAAAGUUCAGCCCUUGCAGCAAGAAUUCUCCUUGUUGAAUGUUCACAUACCUAACCUGAAAGUGAGAAAAAUGGACCCCGUCGCCAGAAACGUACUAGUCAAAGCUACGAUAAAUAACUUCACAGUCAAUUUGAAGGUCAGCUUUCCCAGUGCCUACCCCCACGGGGUACCACCUGGCUUCGAAGUGAUCAAAGAAGACUCCAAUGUCAGCGACUCCAUAGUCGUUCAGCUGCUGCAGAUGCUGAAGCACCUAGCUCAGCAACGGGUGUCGAAAAACCGCACUUGCUUGGAACCCUGCCUGCGCCAAAUGGUCACAACUCUGGAACAGCUGUCGUCUGAUCUGGAAAGCAACAGGUUCGAUAGACAGUACAUUGAACCGUCGAGCAUUUUCGGGGGUUACAACGAUGCUUACAUACCGUUUCCUAGGACCUCCGGAGCCAAGUUCUGUUCGGUGGGGAUCCUGGUUUGCUUCGGGAGGCCUAUACACCCAAGGAAGCUAUCCAGCAAACUGGAUUCCACCCCUAGGGCCUUGACGACGACACCUAGGGCUUUGUCGGCUCUGGAGAACAUUUUUGCGAAACGCAACGACGAUUACAUGACGGUGUCCGCCUACUACUUCCAGAGGCAGCGGUCCAGAGCGAAGCACGUCAGCUCCAAGUCUUCUAAGGCUGUGGUGCACAUUUACGAUGCUCAGGCUUUGUUUUUUUUCAACCGGCAGCUGGCUGAGGAGUAUAUUUUGGAUGGUGAUGUGGGGACUAUUUGUAAGCAUAAUGCUGCUGCUGCAGCGGUGGUGGGCAGACGUGAUUUGGUUCAGGCUUGGACCUUGGCGGAGCUUGUGGCUGGGACGCAACAGGCUGAUGAGGGUAUUUCCUGGGCCAAUCAUCCGUUCGGGAAUAAGUUGAUGGAGUCCUUGAUAUCUCACUAUGCUUCUCAGUAUGAUCUUCAGAUGGCAGCAAUGCUGUGUUGCAUUUUCGGCAAAUAUCAAGAGGCUUUGGCCAGGAAGUCUUCAGUGAAAUCAUUUUUCUUGCCUGGGCAGCUAGUACCUGGGAAACGAUUGUUAAAGUCGGGAUCGCCGUACCACACCAUCCCUCCAGCCGACGUGAUAGCUGACGGCUGGGUGAUUCCCAUACUGAGGACGGCGAGGUCGACCUCAUUGGACAACCUGCGGCUCGAGGCCCCCGUCGAGCUGUCCAUGUUGAAGGCCCCCGCCUCCAAUUCCCUCUACGAGUACUACAAGGUCGCCUAUGCGGAGACCCUGCAUCGGUGGGGCCUCAUCUAUAGCAGGACAGAGGUACUGAAAUACAUGUGUCACAACCCCGAAAGCCACACUGGCGUGGAGUUCCUGUGCGACUGCAAAAACUGCUCGCGGCCUGUCAAACACACCAGCUGUCCCGCCUGCAGACAGCCCACUCUGAGGUGCGCGGUGUGCGACAUCUCCGUCAGAGGCGCUGCUAACGCAUGCGUGCUGUGCGGCCACGGGGGUCACACGGCCUGCCUCCGCUGGUGGUUCGCCUUCCAGGAGGUGUGUGUUACGGGGUGCGGCUGCAAGUGUCUGGUGGGGACGGCGAGUAUGUUCCAGCCCUAGCGCGGGAUGAGGAGGGGCGCGAAGAAUGUGAUAAACUCGAACACCAUGUGAUAUAUAUAUAGCUUAUUUAUUCUCGGCCGAUAAGGUAGGAACCAUUAGAUGAAGUAGUUAAUUGUCGGUAAUGUAGGUAUCUGGUUUGUUUAUCUCUCUCACAAAUGAAGGCUGACAUGUUCAGUUGGCGGUACUAG